AUGGCUGUUUCAUCUUAUCAAUCAAUAAUGUCAAGCUCUAUGACCAGCAUUUCUAGCAGGUCUAGAGUUAACCAAUUUAACAACAUCCCUUCUGUACACAUGCCAGGCUUGAGAAGGAAUGCUAGCCUCAAAGUCCGGUCCAUGGCUGAGGGAGGGCAGAAAGAUCAACCAAAGGUGUCAGCUGACCCAAUUGCACCACCAUCGACACCAACACCAACACCACAACCAGCCUAUACUCGUCCACCAAAGAUGAGCACCAAAUUUUCGGAUUUGAUGGCAUUUAGUGGGCCAGCGCCAGAAAGGAUCAACGGAAGAUUGGCUAUGAUUGGUUUUGUAGCAGCAAUGGGGGUGGAGAUAGCAAAAGGGCAGGGUUUGUUUGAACAAUUGUCAGGUGGUGGAGUUCCAUGGUUCUUGGGGACAAGUGUAUUGUUGUCACUUGCAUCAUUGAUUCCAUUUUCGCAAGGUGUUAGUGUUGAGUCUAAAUCAAAAAGUAUCAUGUCCUCAGAUGCAGAGUUGUGGAAUGGAAGAAUUGCUAUGUUGGGUUUGAUUGCUCUGGCAUUCACAGAGUAUGUUAAGGGUACAUCCCUUGUGUAA